GUGUAACUCUACUACUCUGAUGGAGUUCACCUUCACACGUAUAUAGCUGAAGACGUAUCCACAAGUUACUUCAGAAGUUGUCUAUUUGUGUUUUAUAUUGUAACAAGUUCGCCAACAUGGAGUCUACCGUUGGUUUGUCAUCAGAUCCCAAUCUACAAGAUGAGAAAAAUGAUAUAAGUUUGGAUGAUGCUGUUGAGACCGGCAUGCCCAAGCAGCCCAUGACCGGGUUGGUGCUUGGCGCUGCGAUUAUCAUGUCGUUGCAGUCAUUCAUUUUCGGUUGUGGUAUCGGUAUGCCUAAUAAUAGUUCGCCUGCCAUGACGUACGAUGGUACGGGAGAUUUGUUCCCUGGGGAACCCGCCACGUUCGACCCGCCCAUCACAUCAGAUCAGUUCAGUUGGAUUCUGUCCUUAUUCGCAGUCGGAGGAAUGAUCGGUGGUUUGGCCGGUGGCACCCUGGUCAAGAUGCUGGGACCCAAACUCUCAUCCCUUAUCACCGAUGUUGUAUUCAUUGCUGCUGGCUUCAUCAUGGCUUUUGCACCAAACUAUGGUGUCAUGAUGGCUGGGCGUAUCGUCCUGGGAGUAGCCUCUGGUCUGUGCUGUAACUGUGUACCCAUCUACAACAAUGACAUUGCACCAGUGCACGUACGAGGAGCAUUCGGUGUAUUCCACCAGCUUUUUAUCACCGUUGGAAUUCUUGUUGCCAAUGUUCUAGGUAUGCAGUCGGUGUUUGGAAACCCCAGUUUAUGGUGGAUUCUGUGGGGCUCUCCCGUGGUAUUCUCGGGUAUCCACAUUGUGGUGAUGUUCUUCCUGCCUGAUUCCCCCAAGUUCUUGUUUGAGAAGGGAAAAGACACCCAGGCAAAAGUAGCCCUGACCAAGUUCCGUGGUGUCGACUACGACGCUACGGCUGAGUUGGAUGAAUUCCUUGCUGCCCAAAAGGCUGCAGAAGAAGACGGUGAGGUUGGUUUGGCUGAGCAGUUCAGGAUCCUGUUCUCCAAAUCCUACAUCAAACAGGCGACAAUCGCCAUCGUGCUCAUGACUGGACAGCAGUUGUCAGGUAUCAAUGCUGUCAUGUUCUACUCCAACACCAUCUUUGCCAGCGCCGGCAUGACCAACGCUGAAGUAGCCACCAUCAUGGUCUCUGCGUUCAAUGUGGUCGCGACCUUCCCUGCCAUCCCCAUCAUCGAAAAGGCCGGUCGUAAAAUACUACUGAUUGGCGGUUUCGGAGGUCAGGGAGUCAUGCACAUCAUGUUUGUGGUAGCGCUUAUCUUCGAGUGGCAGUGGCCGUCGGUGAUCUUUGUGCUUGUGGGUGUGGCCUUCUUCGCCGUGGGUCCUGGGCCCAUCCCCUGGAUGAUGGCUGCGGAGCUGCUGCCCACCAAGGUGUCGUCUGCCGGUCAGUCUGUGGUGGUGGUAGUCAAUUGGCUGUUCACCUUUGUGAUUGGGUUGGUGUACCCCCUCAUGAACGAUGCCCUGGACGAGUAUUCGUUCUUGCCGUUCGCUGUGUGUUGUGCAUUGGUGGUCGUCUACACCGUCCUCUUUGUACCCGAGACCAAGGGCAAGACCAUUGGAGACAUUGAGGCUAUGUUUGGAAACGCAUAAAUAAGCGCAGUACAAACGAACUCGUAGCUAAAAGGAUUAAAAG